CGCUUUACAAAAACGGAAUUCGAAGAAAGGAUAGUGAAAAAGACGCACACCAAUACUAGAUCGGAAAAUUCCGUGGGAAUUAUUGUCCGUUUGGAUUAGAAAUUGAAUAGCAAAGGUAAAAAUUUAUCAUAAUUUGAAUACAGUGAACGUUCCGUGGAAACCAAACGAUAUAGUUACACCGCAUGGUUCGUUUUAAAACCUUAGUAGUUUGACCAGCGAUUACGGCGUUGCCGCUUCGUGUUUCCAUAGCGAACGGGACUGGAUUGCAUUUGCUAAAUUUCGGCACUCUUGAAUACAGUCCUCAAAAAAGAAGUACUUUUUGUUUUUUUUUUCUACAAGUUGGUGUCUUUGAAAGUUAAUAUAUUUUAUGCAAACACGUUAACUCACUGUGAAGCAAAUACAGUUCCACUAUCAAAAUUGCCAGCAACGACAACAACACUAUGUCUGAAGCGGGCGAGUAUUCUGUGGAACGCAUUGAGGAUAAACGCAUUUGCAAUGGCAGAACCGAGUAUUUUUUAAAAUGGAAAGGUUACCCGCGCAGUGAAAAUUCAUGGGAACCUGUUGAGAACCUCGACUGCCCAGAUCUGAUCGCAGCUUUCGAGGAGUCGUUGAAAACAAAGAAAGAGAGCAAAAAACGCUCCAGUAACACGCCAGUAAAUGAUUCAAAAGUAAAACGAAAAGCUGUAGAAGAGGAGCGAGAAAACCGACGCACAAUGGGUUUCGAUCGAGGUCUAGAACCAUCUAAAAUACUCGGAGCCACCGAUUCAUCAGGCGAGUUGAUGUUCCUCAUGAAAUGGAAGGGCAGCGACGAAGCUGACUUAGUGCCGGCUAAACAAGCCAAUGUAAAAUGCCCACAAAUAGUCAUACAAUUCUAUGAGGAACGUCUCACUUGGCAUACGGCUAAUGCAGAAGAGGAUAAAAAUUCAACCAGCAAAGAACCGACCGAGUAAGACACUAGUUUAAGGACUUUUAAGUGCAAACAGACAAGAAAAUAACAAGAAUUGCAAAAUCAAAUAAACUUAUGUAGGUAUUGCAUAAAUUGUUUCGGAAUACGAAGUAAGUGAAACAAAUGCAAAACGUAUAACAUACCGCGUAAGCUGCAAGAAUCUACAAGGCGUAGUGUUUAAACAAAAAUAAAGAUCGUUUUUAUUCAACGAAAUAUAUAAAAACGUUCAAGUUGCAAUUCAAUCGUAAAUAUACAUAUUUAAUGUAGUAAUUUCACUGUUUCUCUUUAAGCUAGUUCGCGUAGUUAUAUAGUUUUCAUGUUUUUUUUAAAAAGCUGCGGCGCAAACUGAAUCAUAAUUAAAUUGAGUUGUUGGUACUUUACUUUUUUUAAAUACAGUUUUCAUUUUGUUACAAUAACUUCAGUAAUAUGGUUUGAAAAACCACCAAGUGAAAUCAUACAAUAAUAUCAAUGGAAGGAUUAACUUAAAAAUAAAUUAAUUUAAUUGCUAUGAUUACGUUCAGUUUUUAAGGACAUAAAAAAAUGAAGUGACAUGAUAUAUCACAUGAAACGAAGUCCAACAUAUAUAAACAUUACAAUUAAUAAAAUUACAUAGUUUUAAAGCUGAA